AUGGAAAUUAUCAAGCGGAGAAACGCGGAAUCGGAUACCAGAGUAUCGCCCUCCACUGAACCUCUGACAUCACACGAGUAUGUCCGAUCGCCUCGAUGUAAGAGCUCGCUCAAUGCUAUUUGUGAUGAUUUGCUUCAUGCACCAUCAUUAUAUAAACAAGGAAAUGAAUCGUGUACCAGCGGCAAUUCUGGCACUUCACUUCAAUCACCUGCACUCGAUCUGAGCCACGACAACUUGUCAGAUGAUACAGACGACGAUUAUUGCAUAGGUUCUCCAGUCGAGAUCGACUUCGAUCGGUUUCGACAAGGUCAUGUACGAUCACGAAGCCCUGAUCUGCCAGCUAUACAAGAGGAAGACGAAGAGGAGAUUUAUGACUUAGAUGAUGAACUCGAAGGCAUUAUAGCUGAGUACGAGUCCGAUACGGAUAAAGGAGAAGACAAUAUGCUUCGACCCGAUUACAACUUGGGGGGUAGACUUGAGUUGAUUUAUCAGAGCUGGACCCCUCUAGCACCUUCCAUUACUCGAUGGUCAGAUGAAGACCUGUCUGGGCAUCAAGAGGAACUUUCGGCCUCUGAUUUAGUCAGACGCUUAGUUAAAGUAAACAUGCAACGAGAGAUAAAAAUGAGGAGAUCGAAAGGACUUUUGAAAAGACUUCAUCACAGAGAAGGAAAACGGAGCCUCAAAGAUUAUAUUUCGAAAGCCUUGGGAAAAGUUCCCAGCAGCACAAAGAUGAAGAUGAGCAGUUUGGGCGCAGAAAAUCAAACAGAGAACUAA